AUGGAACAGCAAGAUCCUCAAACUCUCCGCACCCCAUCUACCGUACCUCGUGAUACUGAACACCGAUCGACUCGCCAGUCCCCGUCGUCAUCGCCUUCGAUCUCGCCGCUUACACCAGCUCCCCGGCGCCACGCCACGAGUUCCUCUUCUCGCCCGACAACACCCAAUAGAAGUCACUUGUCGACCUCUGAACCUACUCUUCGAUUUCCUCGACCUCAAGGCAGCCGACAUCUCGCCAACUGGAUUUCAUCGAGUAAUCCAGACAUCAUGCGUUUCACCACCACUCCCGAGGAUGGGGGGCUCAUGGACGAGUCAUCCUAUGAACUGAUCUCUAACAUCGACACCGAGUCUCAGGAUGGUAACUACAACGAGUCCAUGAGCGAAUCUAUUGGCUCUUUCGAUCUUGCCCGGCCCGACGACGUGCAAAGCUGCGCUGGUACUGAGCAGACCUGCGACGACGAAUCUAUUGCCGCCGAAUCUGUUGCCGACGAAGGCGAUGCCUCCGCCCAGCAAACUCAACAAGAGUCUGAGUCCAUGUCCGAGUCCAUGGAUGCCAAUCAGACUCCACAAACACAACAGAGCUGGGCGUCGGUGGUCAACAAUGGGCCCCUUCCCGAAGUUGAAGCUGACAUUGAGCCCGACGAAGAACCCGAGCUUGAGUCACAGCCUGCCGAACAGGAGCCCGAGUCGGAAGACGAAGCUCGAUCCAGGAGUUCCCUCGAGUAUACUCAGCAAAGCCUCAAGACCCCAUCGAUUCCUAGCCCAGACGCUGGCAAUAUGGAGAGCAAGCUUGAUCGGCUGCCUCUGCCUACUGGGAUCGAUAAUGACGAAGAGACCCAACGGGCAACGCUUGACAAAUGGUUAAGAGAAACCCAACACCCUACAUUUACGAACAGGGAGACAGUCAGCAAGGUCGUCAGGUCAUCCCUACCUGCUCUCCUUUUGCUUGUCCUGGUCUCAUUGAUCAGCGUCUUCCUCUCUCCACUCUCAAGAGAUGCGGCUCCCCACAUCCCCGCAGCCACUUCCGCUGCCACAACUCACCCCACUCUCCUGUCCUCAAGUCGAAGCUCGCAGCCAACUUUGCAGUCCCUUUCCACAGGUGUGAGUUCAGCACUUAUUCCCCUUCAGGAUGCCCGCACCAACGAAUGGCUUUGGGGCAGCCAAAGGAUUGAUGUGACUGUCAAGAAAUAUCAUGGCAACUUUCUGAUUCAAAUGCCUCGAGGCACCAAGAAAUCAUGGCUUGAUAGAGAUUGCCUCAACUUCAAUGCCAAGCGUGGCGAGAAACAGGUCCGAUUUGGCACCUCAUCAGUUGAUGAAGGCAUUCUGCUCAAGAUCCCCAGAGAGGAAGCCCACGGAACCGUCAAGGUUGACAUAUUCGCUACUUGCCGCCCUAGGAUGCACAAGGUCCUCCAGGUUGAAUUCGGGAAGGGCAUGUUUUCGGAGGCCUUGAACCUGACCUUGUCAUUCGCUCAACGUGUCCCAGAGUUUGUUCCUGCUGCUGCUCAAGGGGCAGAGCGACGCCUCGAGGACGCCAGACGCUCGCUAGAGACCGCUUCCGGAAACCUGAUGACCACGUCCGACACAUUUUGCAAAGACAUCGGUACCAAAUUCCAUGAUGCUCACCGGUCUUUGAACUGGAUCAAGAGGGAUAUCAAGUGUCGCGUUCAAACGGCAAAGCAAGACAUCUCCAAGAAGUUGGACGCUGUUGCAACUGACGUCAAGCAAUACAUUCCCAGCACUGAAGUUGUGCAACACCAAGCGCAGCUUGAAUUGCUCCAGGCACAAAUUAGAGCAAAGUUGUGGUGGCUCAAGGUAACUGCGAGUGACGAAGAACAUGACCGUUACCAAGUUGCGGCCAAGCAGUUCAUGACUGCCAAACUACUGAAGAACAAACAUGUUCAAAAGCCGGCCAGCAUGGCGUCAGCCGGCUCCAAACACUUCGGCUGUUGGUUUUCCACUAACUGUCGAGAUAAUUCAGGAGGACAGAAGAAAUAG